ACAGCGACGGCAUGAGCCAGUAUCUUACACUCGGAGUCUUUUUACCUGGAAGCCAAGCAGUUGACUUAGUCCGUUGGCCGUAGCUGGACGCGCACGUUCCAACUUCCUCUCCAGUGGCAUUAUUCGCACUGGCAGCUCUGAAGCCGUUCCGCACUCUCAUCAGAUUGAUUCACAAGAACAAAGUAGCUAGUUUAAUCCAGUGACUCAUUGUUUCGUCUUCUGAAAAAGAAAAAGGGAGAACUUGUUGCCCCGCAUCCGUGAUAUUUUAUAGACGCGUCUGCUAUAGGCAGAUACGUGAGUGGACUAUUUAUUCAUCAACGAUCCUGAGCACCGCGAGCGACCGCGAGUGUCCGUGAACUGGAAAAAUAAGCAAAAACAACGCCAAGUGUAUAAGACGGUCGAUCUGGCCCGGCUGGGUAUAGUGGAACAGAUUGAAUGGCUCAGCAGCAGGUCAAGAAUUUGCCGGACGACGUCGACUGUUUCUACUUGAAUCACUGGUGAGCACCAUCUCGUUCGUCUUCGACAAAUACGUGAUGAACCGUGUCGGUGUUGAGCUUUGAGCCCUUCGUGUACAAUUAUUAGAAGAAGUCGAAUCGCCCUUCUCCCCCCCUCUGAAAGAAAAAAAAGAGAGAAAUAGACGGGAAGAAGAAGCUGAAAAAAUCCCCAUAGAAGAAAUAACACGUUGGAGUAGCCGGAAGAGCAAGAAGAAGAAGAGGAAGAAGAAGACGGACGAAAAAGAAAGCAAAAGGACAAUGGCAUCGGUCGCUUCUUCCAUCCAGCUUCUCGUCGUGCUAUCCAUCCAGACCAUUAUCUGUCACGGUGCAGAGCUGGCAUUGGCGGGUAAUGCGCCGACGAUAUUAGAAGAUCUGUCUGGCCUUGCCGGCCAGGAAGUGUCAGUGCCGUGCAGCGUCGACGUGGCGACCUGCGGAGAUUUCCACAGCGUCAAAUGGUACCGCGAAUCGCAGCGUGUUUUUGUCUACAGCGAACUGGCCAAUCUGGAACGGUCGGAAGGAUCGUUGACCAACAGAGCUCGAUUCGUCUUAUCAUCGAACGAAACCCAAGCUGGAUUGAAGAUCAGCAGCCUGCAUUUAGCCGACGAGGGUCUUUACCGAUGUGAGAUCACCUAUUUAGAGAUCAACGAAGGUUGCCCCGUCGUCCAAUACGUUAACCUCACCGUUCUCGCUGCUCCGGAGUAUGUCGAGAUCCUGUUGGAGGAUGGAAGAACUUCAGCAGCAAUUAGAAACGUGUCGCGCAUCGGUCCUUUCAACGAAGACACCAUCGUCACUUUAUUGUGCCGGUCUGGAGGUGGCAGACCCGUACCUCGCAUCGAAUGGUGGAAUGGAUCACAUACACUCGAAGGUGAAUUGGUGGCCACGCAAGAAGAGAGCGGUGCUAUGACUGGGAUCAAUCGGCUUCAAGUAGUUCUGACCCGUCAAGACUUGAACGCACAAUGGCAGUGUCGAGUUAAUAGUCCAGCACUUCAUUCGCCAUUGGUCGCCAAUUUGCGUAUUGACGUACACGUGAAACCCGCCAAUGUGACGCUCACCGGACUGGACACGGCUGUGACGGAAGGAACUGCCGUUGUGGUGUAUUGCGUAGCCGAGGGAGCCCGGCCGGCUGCAACCAUUACGUGGUACAAUGAUUCGUCGCCACUACAAAAGAGCGCCGUCGAAACAACCCAACUUCAGCCGGAAGAGGAAGCGGAGGUGGAGGAGCAAGCGGACGGAACUUUUAGCACCAAAAGUCGACUGAUCUUCACGCUCAAUCGCCAUGACCAUCGCCGUUACAUCACGUGCCGGGCUGGCAACACAGUCACCGAUGAUUUGCACCAGAAACCAGUGCAAGCAUCCCAACUCCUCAGAGUUGAAUAUGCUCCUAUGGUGGCCGUUUCGCCAGAAAACGUAACUGUCAACGAAACAAUGGACGUACUCAUUUUUUGUACAUACGAUGCCAAUCCGGUCACCCUGACGUCCGUCCAGUGGUUCAAGGAUGACGUCGAAAUUAUUAUCGAUGGCCCCCAUAAAUACGAAGGUGCCACAGUCGACCAACCGGCACUUCUCCUGAAAAAAGCGACGAGAGAUGACGCCGGGGCCUAUUCCUGUCGCCUUACCAAUGCCGUCGGCACUGGCCAGUCGGAGAACGUGGCCUUCAUUUCCGUCCAAUAUCCUGCGGAAGUGCGUUUGACCAUGGAACCCGAACUACCGGUCAACGAAUUAGAACGUCCCAACGUUACACUUAAUUGCCAGGUGGUCAAUGGGUACCCACCGGUCCUGCUGGGAGUUCGUUGGUAUCUGGACGGUGAACUUCUCAAAGAGUUGCCCGAUUGUCCAGUCAACGAGACGAUCACUGCAUUUUCCAUGUACGACGAAGAUUUGUGUGACGUGGAUCCCAGCAAGUUACUUCUCGAGUAUGUCGGCCGCUCCUUCCAAGGGAAUUACUCUUGCGAGGGUAUGAACGCCGCUGGAUGGGGACCUUCGUCCGAUGUCGAGACUCUCGUCAUUUACUAUCCUCCGGGUAAUACGACACUUAUCUUCGAGCCUGAUGUGGUCGUGAAAGACGAGCCCAUGACUUUAACGUGCGGGGUCUCGGACGUUGGCCAGCCGGCUGUGACACAGUACAGAUGGACGCGCAACGGACACGUCAUUCCAGAGAUUAGCGAUGCCCAAUGGAAUGUCAGCCAAGUGACGCUGAAUUAUCAAGCCAACUACUCGUGUACACCAGUCAACGAGGCCGGCGAGGGCGAGACGGCCACUGUCGAAGUCGAGGUCUACGCUGGGCCAACGUUUAUUGAGCGACUUCCGCCAACAUCAGGCGCCCUCUCUGAUGCUGCCGACGCUACCAAAUUAUCGUGUCGCGUUGAGUGUUACCCGCUCUGUCAGAUCGAUUGGUUCCGCAACGGAUUGCCCAUCCGAGAAUCACCCAUGUACACUAUCGUCGAUAGUUUCGUGCCGGAAAACGUCAAAUUUAAUCAGCACCAGUCGGUCAAGUCGACGCUGUCUUUCAACAUGCGGAUGUGGAGUCAGGCGAAACUGGAUCCGAUAGUUGACACUGCGAAUUACACUUGCACUUCCACAGACAACGUGGUGGGCGAUGGUGUCUCUAGCACAACCUUUUUCACGGUUGAAUAUGCACCGACAAACACAGUAAUUGACCGCCCAACGAUCGAAGUGGAAGAAGGCUCAAUAGCCGGUCACUUGGAGUGCUCGGCGUUCUCCUAUCCGUUGGCCAAUUACUACUGGCAGUACAACCACCAGAUCAUUGGCAACGGGCAACGUCUGGCACUUGAUUACGGUCUGAGCCGUGAUAAGACGGGCGAAUACUCGUGUGUGGCCCACAAUCAGCACGGCAACAGCAGCGCCAAAGCCUUCAUCAAUGUCGUUUACAAACCGGAGUGUUCAAUCACUUUACGCGAAAUGGAAGGCAAGACCAGGCUGAUAUGCGAAGUCAAGGCCAAUCCCAAACUGGUUGACUUCACUUGGAUGCUGAACAACUCUACGUUGACCACGGACAUUGUUCACAUGGGCUUGCAAAGUAUUCUGACAAUUGACGGACCACCUCCCGUCAGUGGCGUUUACUAUUGUUACGUGAACAACUCGGUCGGCCUUGCAACCCCCUGCGAGAUUAACGUCGAAGGUGGGUUAUUGGCGAAGCUGGGUGACGAGAACAUCAUUAUCAUCGCCAUUAUCGCCGCUGCCAUCGUCGUCAUCCUCGUCGUCUGUAUUGUGUUACUCGUCAUUUGCCGAAGACAGCGCGCCGACGAUAAAUAUAACCCUGCCAGUUCCAUGGAACAACGUGAAAAUCCGGAAGGAGGAUCAACUAUGACCUUACAGCCGGGAACAGUCAUUCAACAAGUACAUCAGCAUAAGUGGCCACUACGACCCGGAGUUCAGGUGCACGUCAACGGUACCAACAGUCUUACGUUGGCGGCUUCCGGUUCCGUGCUACUUUCACCGGGCGACCAGCAGGCUGAUGCGUCCAGUUCCAACAAAAGCAGAUCGCGAUCUGAUUCAACUGGUUCGCUAGCAAAUCAUCCCAGAUCAGAUAAACCUGCCGAUUGUCAGGUAGUCGAAACGGGCAAUCCCUAUUACGAAACGUUGCGAGAUACUCAAAAACGACGAGGGGGCGGGGACAGUGAUUCUGGAGGCGGGAUCCAGGCGACGGAUUCCGGAAGCGAAAGUACCCGUUCAGUCAUCUGUGUCAAAGGACCUUGUCGUCCCAGACCUCUGAUUCCUGUGGAAUCCCAACAGCAGUUAGUCACCGAAGCGGAUCGGACCAACACAUCAGCAGCAGCAGUCUCCAACCAAGAGAGCGGAACCUCAACUAGAAAGAGGAAGAAGCCGGAUGGCAAUCUGCCUUCUUCUUCCACUCCAGCUGUUGCGGCGACUGGGCCGUCUACCAAAAGUGGUAACGAUGGUCUUCCAGAAAACAGUAAAGCUUUCUACGAGAACCUUCCCUUCCACGGGCUUCAAACUGCUCCCAACAAACCGUUUAAGCCGAUCCUGUCUGACCUAGUCUAUGCCGACGUCGAUGACAAAGAUUACGGGCCAACUUACUACAAGAAGGCUAGUAUUCUACAAGCGUCAGAAAAGAAAGCUCAGGCGCAAGGACUUCCAGUUCGACCAACUCGUGAAACGCGACUCUAGAUUAACAAUGCAACGUGUCAAAUCGAUUUGAAUGUCUUCUGGGAUAUAAAAACAACAUAAUGGGCUUUUUUUUUUUAAUCGUCAAACUGAUAACUAUUACGAAAUUCUGGUUCAUGAGGUUUGAAGUACCGUAAUCUGUUGUUCACAUCCGAUGGCAAAAAUUUUAACAGAAUCGCUUUCGUCUUGAAUUUCAAAAUCGACUGCAGUUUCAUUCUUUCUCUAAACAUAAAUUGGGCGUUACGUUAAAAUGUGUGUGAUGCCCUUAGUGGUCGUCUUUGCAAUUGAUCGGGAGUUGGAGAGGUGUAAAUUAUAAGGGGGCCCUUCAACCAGUGCUACCAAAAUCUGGGAAAUGAUCGCAUAAGUGUACACGUGAAUGUUAUCAAGCAACAAUUUGUGCUGUGAUGUUUGUAAUGAGUUUCCUCGAUGUAUUCACUCGUGUUCUCGUGUAUACAACAGCAUAUAACCCCCCGUAGCUUAUUGGGAAAACUAGUUACCAUUGUACUGAGGAUACAAAAGAUUGAUACUGAAAUUAUGAUUAUAAUAAUUUGUUUCCCGAAAGGGAGCACUGUAGAUUGUUGUUCAUUCACGAUUUUUUCUCUCUUCAUAAAUGAGAUUUACAUAAUAAUGUACAGAGUAGGUCGUCUUUUCUGCCAAAGAGAAUCCAAUCCAAAGAUUGGAUUGCGAUACUAUUAAGAUCCGACAGCUUAAUUUCAGCAUCAUCUUACGUCUUAUUUAAGUUAACUGAACAUUUUUUUUAAAGUGUGUACCUUAAAUAAAUAUAAAAUGUUCGCCUUGAUUUUUGGGGACAGUUUUGCAGCUGGUUCAAGAGUAGCGUGCAUUUAUUCUAACUAAUGCGUCAAUAAAAAAAAUACUAGCGUAUAAGGUCGCUGUUUGUUGUUAAAAGCGUGUUGAGCUCUUUGCGAGAAACUGUUCUUUUUUCUUUAGCGUUCAAAACUAUUUUCACUUGUCUAUAUAUGUGUUGACUCACCAUACGUGUGUGUAUUAAUGUGUAUUUAUAGUACUGUUUUCUUUCACCUUCAUUACAACUGUGAAUUUCCCUUUGUUCAACAUACUGUGCAGUUUGAAUAAAACGCAAUGGAUCAGACAAUAGUAA